UGAAUUAACAAAAAAGCCUCUGUCCUUCGGAUGGACCCACGACCCGGCGUUCCAAAAUCGAGUGUAAGAUCCCCAAAUAUUUUUCGUUUCUUUUAAUUUCUUUUCCCACACUUUCUCGGCAGCCAAACAGGCCGAAAUUGAACUUUUCUGGUUGUGUGCAUCGAGAUCGAAGAGAAAUCCAACAUGGGGUUUUUGGUAACGACCUUAAUUUUCCUUGUGAUUGGGAUCAUUGCUUCUCUGUGUACCAGAAUUUGCUGCAACCGAGGACCUUCUACUAAUUUGUUCCAUCUAACAUUGGUUAUUACAGCAACAAUCUGCUGCUGGAUGAUGUGGGCAAUUGUAUAUCUUGCACAAAUGAAACCACUCAUAGUUCCUAUUCUAAAUGAAGGAGAGUGAAGUUCUGUUUCGAAAAGCAUAGAUUGCCAUAUUGGUUACGUGCCAAUCGGAUUAUGGAUUAUCUUCAGAGAACAGCAAGUUUUAGUCCAAUUGAUUAUUUAGCAUCUUCUGGUGUUGGAUUUGUAUGUAAAUGUUGGAGUGUCAACUUUGAAAUUGUUUGGCAUUGUUGCCCUACAUCACCUGCUAUUAAAUGUUAUAUGUACCCUCAUUCAUUUAGAAUUCACUGUCAGACAGUAUGAAAAGUAUAAAUGUGAUUGGAAUGGAAUAAGUUAUAGAGAUCGAAUGAGCUGACAAGUUUGAUUUA